AUGGCCGGACAACAAAUGCAAGCUCUGGUGACCGAAUCCUCGGCCGGUGGGUCGACGAGGAUGGUCAAGAAGCAGAUUCCUGUCCCGGAACCUGCCCCGCAUCAAGCCCUGGUAAAAGUGUCACAUAUUGCACAGAACCCGACAGACGUUCAAUCCCUCGACGGCAAUGCUUUCGGUGACGGCGCCGUUCUCGGGUGCGACUUUGUGGGGACGGUUGAAGCGGCCGGCGACAAGUGCAACAAGCUCUCCAAGGGAGAUAUUGUUGCUGGUCUAAUUUGGGGAGGUGAAAUCAAGGGUCUCGGCAGCUACAGCGAAUACACCCUCGCGGAUGACAACAUCAGCUUCCGCGUGCCCAAGAACAUAAGCCCUGAAGAGGCCGCUACAUUACCGCUAGCCUCAAUGACGGCUUGGCUUGCUCUGUUCUCCAAAGAGUGCCUUGCAAUCCCUCAAGAGGAUGGAUCGAAGACGUCACUCCUCGUCUGGGGUGCGAGCGUGGGAUUAUACGCCAUCCAGAUAGCCGCGAUGCAAGGCCUUAACGUUGUCACGACAUGUAGCCCUCGCCACUUUGACUUGGUGAAAUCCCUGGGUGCGAAGCAUGUCUUCAACUACCGCGACGACGACGUAAUCGAGUCCAUUGAGAGGACGACGCCCGGCCUCAAGUAUGUCUUCGAUACUAUCGGGAAUAAUUCCUCCUCGGGCCUGGCAUCCCAAGCUAUUGAUGAAAAUGGUGGACGGCUCUGCACCGUGCGCCCGGGGAAGGCCAACACCGAGGACGUUACGAAGCAGACGACUGUGACGGAUGUCUUGGUCUGGACUGCGUUCUUGAGGGAUCAUCAGUACGCACAGUUCAAGUGGCCGGCUAGCGAGGAGGACCACAAGCUUGGUACCGAGCUCUACGAGAAGCUCCCCGGCUGGGUAGAGGCUGGCAAAUUCAAGCCUAACAAACCCAAGGUGAUUUUUGGGGGUCUUGAUGGCGUUGAAAAGGGGUUCCAAGUGUAUCGGGACGGAGCGAUCUCCGGCGAGAAGGUAGUGUACAAACUCUGA